AUGGCUGAAGAAUAUGAAAGUGUUUGCUUAGUGAAACCCGAAGUUUUCGUUUAUCGCAUACCACCUCUUACCAGCAACCGUGGAUACAAAGCGGCAGAUUGGAAGUUGGAUGAACCAAACUGGACAGGACGCAUGCGUCUAGUUGCGAUCGGUGAUAAGCUUGAAAUGCGAUUGGAAGACAAAGCAUCAGGGCAGCUAUUUGCAAAAUGUCCAAUUGACCGAUAUCCCGGUGUUAGUAUCGAGCCUGUUCUUGAUUCCUCUCGAUAUUUUGUAGUACGCUUGAAAAAUGACAAUGGUCAGACUGCUUUUAUCGGUCUUGGAUUCUCUGAUAGAAGCGAUUCAUUUGACUUGAACGUAGCACUUCAGGAACAUUUCAAAUACGUGGAAAAAAAGGAAGGAUUUAAUAAGGAACAGCUCAGCGAUCAGCCAAAGCUUGAUCUUGGUUUUAAAGAAGGACAGACUAUAACUAUUAACUUUGGAGUAAGGAUAUCUGUUUUUCACAUAUAUGUAUUGCAUUUUAUCUCAGUUAUGAGUUAUCAGCAACUUCAUGGUCAUGGUGUUCCUGCGUCAUAUCAGUUAAAAAAUAUCUUGAAUUUCUUUGCAUGUCGAGUUUUCUUUUCUAUUUCGCUAUACCGGAAACGCUUUCUGGGCUGUUAA